UGGUGAUUUUAAAAUUGUUCUUUAAUUAAUUUAUUUUUAUUUUUUCUUAUUUAAGUAAAGGCUUCACAAUUUUGUGGUUAUUAGCCUUCAAUUAGAGGAAGGUUUAGAAAAACCAGAAUGAAAUAUUUACAGAUAUUAACAAUUUAUUUACAAUUUAUUUUUGUAUGUAGUGGAAAGGGCUUUGUAAAGGGCUUCAGUAUUUUCUUUGCUAAGAGCAAUUUAGAUGUACAGUGAUAUUAUUAUCAAUCGUUAACCGAGGACUCGGUUAUCUACCGUAGUAGAUAACCGAGCCGAGGUAAACAUAUAAAUUGCCAUUGAUAAGUCAUAUCAGUAUAAUUUGUUAUUGACGUUUUUGUGUCUUGAUAGUUGUAACUAAAAAAAAUUAUUUGUUAAUAUAUAUUGUUAAAUUUUAAAUUAAUACUUAUCGUAUUAAAAAAAAAUUACCAUGAAUUUCUUAUUUCUCAAUGUAAUUCGAUCUAUGUAAUUAAUUUAAUAUACCUAAAUUAUUCUAAAAAUCAAAGUGUAUGUAUUUUUUUAUUAUUGAAAUGGAUCAAAAAUACAUUAAAUUAGAUGACAGUGUUUUAAACCAAAUUCUCAAAACUGAAACUGACCUACGUGACUAUUCUCAGCAAGUAGAAUCUGCUUUGAAAAACCAUGAAAACCUUGCUAUUGAUAAAUACAUUAAAUCAGGGGAACAUAUUGUGACCUUGCAUAAACAUUUAAAUGAUUGUGAAAAUGUGUUAGAGCAUACAGAGUCUGUGUUAUUUACAUUUCAAGAAGAGUUACAAAAUAUUACAAAUGAAAUCACUAGGCUGCAACAGAGAUCAAUAUUUAUGGCUCAACAACUCUGUAAUCGACAAUCAGUCAAAGGACUUAUGCAUCAAUUUAUUGAAGAUGUUAUUGUAUCGGAAACACUCAUAUCAGUCAUAACCACUUGUUCUGUGACUGAUGAAAAGUUUUCAACACAUUUGUCAGUAUUGAAUUACAAAAUAUUGUUUGUUGAUGAACAAAAUUUCAAAGAUAUUAAAUCGCAAAAUGAUGUGAAAGAUGUGAUCGAAAAACUGAAAAUUACUGCUAUAACAAAAAUUAGACAUUUCAUAAUGGAUCAGAUUAAUAAAUUUAAAAAACCUACUACCAACUAUCAUAUACCUCAGAAUACUUUAUUUGAAUAUAAAUUUUUGUUUGAAUUCUUGCUUAACCAUGAUUCAAUAUCUGUACAAGAGAUAUAUAAUGACUAUGUUGAUGCUAUGAGUAAAGUGUAUUUCACUUAUUUUAAAUCCUACUUGAGUUAUUUGCAGAAGUUUCAAUUUGAAGAAGCAGCUACUAAAGAUGAUCUUUUAGCAGUUGAAGAUCCAACUUCACGUUCAUUAUUUCAAAAAUCAAUAAAAAAAAAUACUGUUUUUACUAUUGGAAAUAGAGCUGCUGUUCUUAAUGAAAUUGAUAGCUCAAUUAUUAUACCUCAUCAAAAUAAUUUAACGAAUUUAUCAUUUGAAACAUUAUUUAGAUCAGUUCAGUAUGCUCUUGUAGAUAAUGCUUGUCGUGAAUAUAAAUUUGAUUGUGAGUUUUUCAAAGUAGAUCAGCCUACUGCUCAAGGACUUUUCUCUCAAAUUAUGGGAAAAACUUUAGGACUUUUGAUUAAGCAUUUGGAGAACUAUGUGGAAAACUGUUAUGAUGCAUUAGCACUUUUUCUAUGUGGACAGUUAAGUAUGCGUUACCAAGUCCUUUGUCAACAUCGUUUAGUUCCUGUACUUGCACAAUAUUGGGAUACUAUGCUUGCAAUGAUUGGAACUAGAUUUCGAUUUAUACUUAAAAGACAUAUUCAAAGUGUAAAAGAUUACGAUGUAUCAAAAUUUAAUAAAGAAAAAAAGCCUCAUUUUAUUAUGAGAAGAUAUGCUGAGCUUGUUUCAGCCAUAGUUUCAUACAGUGAAAACAAUAAAUAUGAACCUGAAUUAAUUUGUAGCCUAACUGAAGAAGUUUUAGGAUUGGUUUUACGUCUUGCUACCAUGUUUAGCACUCGUAAGGAUCGUUUGAUAUUUUUGGUUAAUAAUUAUGAUUUGGUGUUAAGGAUAUUGAUGGAACGUGUAAGAGAUAACACAUUUGAAGUGGAUAGAUUCAAAGAAGAGCUAUCUGCUAGAAGUAAAGAUUAUGUUGAUGAAGUACUUCAUGUUUAUUUUGGCGGAAUGAUGGAGUUUGUUACAGAUGCUGAAAAUGGUCGAGAUACAGAUGCAGAAUCAAGACAAUUAGGGUUAGCCAAGACUUUUACAUCUACUUGGAAAAUGUCUCUGGAAGAGAUUAAUAAAGAGAUAUUGCCUUCAUUUCCUAAUCUGACUACGGGUGCUUCUUUAUUACAAUUAGCAUUUUCGCAGCUAAUUGAUUAUUACCAUAGAUUUCAAAAAGUUCUAUUAGCUUCAAAUAAAGCUCAACUACCAAAUAUUCAUGUGAUAAUGAUAGAAAUUAAGAAAUAUAAAACUAAUUAUUAAAAUGUAUUCCUCCUAUAAUAUUAUAAUUAUAUAUUAUACAAAAAU